AUGUCACAUACCAUUAUUCGCCUUCAAGUGCACCUUCCUGAUAAUCUGAUAGUAUAUUUUAAUGAGGGAGAAGAACAAGUAGCUAUUAAUCGUGCAGCACAGCGUGACACUCACCUAACUGCUUGGUUUAAAUUAAAUGCUGAAAAUUUUGAAGCACGUCGCUAUUCUUAUAUUGAAAUUCCAUAUCACUUUGUGUUUGACGGUAAAAAUUGCAAGUGGAAAGUAAGACAAAGAGGUAGUGAUAUGGUGAUAGUGCGAAUGUAUAAAGUCAAUCUAUCCAGUGAAGUAUUUUUUCUUAGAUUGUUGCUUUUGCAUGUAAAAGGUGCAUUAUCUUACGAGAAUUUGCGCACUGUGAAUGGCACUGUUUUUAAUACAUUUCGUGAAGCGUGUUAUCAGUUAGGUCUGUUGCAAGAUGACAUUGAAUGGAGAAAUACAUUAACUGAGGCUGUUGCAACUGGAUUGCCUAAACAAAUUAGGCAACUGUUUUCCAUCAUAUUAACAUUAUGUCAACCUGAUGAUCCGUUACACCUAUGGAAUACCUUUAAAGAUUAUAUGGUGGAGGAUUACAUACACCGUUCAAUGCCAAUCCUACUUGCUGAACAAGUAGCACUUUGUCAAAUCGAAUCUAUAAUUAAUCAGAGUGGUAAAACUUUAGCUGAUUAUAAAUUGCCUACUUUAGAUCAGUUUUUAGGUUCUAUCCCAGAAAAUGACGAUGAAGAUGUACAGGUAUUUAUUGAUGAAGCAAAUCGAAUUAGACCAUUAUUAAAUGAUAGUCAGCGUAAUGUAGCUGAUGCAAUCCUUGCUGCACUUAAUGAAGAACCUAAUAAUGAAAAUAAGCAUUCAAGAUUGUUUUUUAUGGAUGGGCCUGCUGGUUGUGGUAAAACAUUUACUUACAAUUAUUUAAUCACUGAAACACGCAUCAGACAUAUUAGAACUGCAACAGCUGCAUGGACAGGAAUAGCUGCAACUCUUCUUAAAAAUGGAUGCACACUGCAUGGUUUAUUCAAACUUCCUGUGCCAAUUUUGGAAAAUAACACAUGUAAUGUAACUCCAAAUUCUAUUCAUGGUGAAUUCCUUAGACAAGUAAGUUUGUUUUUACUUGAUGAAGCAUCUAUGAUUCCUAAACAUGCUUUAAGUGCCAUUGAUAAGUUAUUACAAGAUAUUUGUAAUAAUAACUUUCCUUUUGGUGGUAAAGUUAUUCUUAUGGGUGGAGACUUUAGACAAAUACUUCCAGUUGUGAAAAGAGGUCGACCAGCUGAAGUUGUAGAAUCAUGUUUAAAAUGUUCUGAACAUUGGCAGUAUGUGCGAAGGUUUUCAUUAACUGAAAAUAUGAGGGUUCAGAUAGGAGAAGAGGAAUUUUCUCAAUGGCUUCUAAAGCUUGGAAGUGGAACUUUACCUGUCAAGCCUGAAGAUCCUUUGCGAGGGUAUAUUGAAAUACCUGAGCAGUGCUUUGUAAACGAUAAUGAAUCUAUUGUGGAAAAGAUUUUUGGUGGCACAGAGGAAGCUGAUUAUGCUAAUUGUGCUAUUUUAACACCAACAAAUGUUGAUUCAUUGGCAAUAAAUGAAGAAGUCCUUGAUCGUUUACCUGGUGAUACUAAAAUUUACUUAAGUUCAGAUAGCAUUGAAACUGAUGAUCAUAAUGAAAUUUAUAAUUUUCCAGUCGAGUUUUUAAAUAGUUUGACUCCAUCAGGUAUGCCUGUUCAUUGCCUAAAAUUAAAAAUUGGUGCUGUUGUAAUGCUACUUAGAAAGUUAGAUCUUAAAGGCGGACUUUGUAAUGGAACGCGUUUGAUGGUACGUGCACUGCACAACAAUUAUAUUGAUGGACAGGCUCUAACAGGGGUAGCAGCUGGUAACAGGAUCUUAGUUCCUCGAGUUCAAUUAGCUCCAUCGGAUUCAAAUUUACCCUUUAUACUCAAACGUCGUCAGUUUCCAGUUAGGUUAGCAUACUCAAUGACCAUAAACAAAAGUCAAGGUCAAACUUUUGACAAAGUUGGAGUUUAUCUUAAAAAGCCUUGCUUUUCACACGGUCAAUUAUAUGUUGCAUCUACAUCAGCUACUGCAACAUUAUCUGGGCAAGUACUUAUCCUUCAAAGUUAA